UUUAUCGAUCCCGUAAGGAUGAAAGGCGAAGUCGACCUCGGCGGAAUUUGAACUCUCUGCCUUUUUGAACAAAUUCAAAUAAAGUUUAUUCGCCAGAUAGGGGCAUUUAACACAAAGAGCCGUGACGUCAUGGAUCUUCAGCUGUAUAACAUCUUUUGAUUGGCUGUUAUUUUUUUAAAAACCUGGUCUUACUUUUCCUUGAACCAGGUCGGCAUUUACAUUGGAAGAGAACCAAGCUCUUCCGUCACGUAGAUAUCUGUCAGUGAAAAAAAGAGUUCGUUGUGACACUCCAACAAUGAACGAAAUGAAUUUACUUAAAGUGUCACUGUAUGUUGGUGACUUACACCCAGAGGUAACAGAAUCUCAACUUUAUGACAAGUUCGUGAAAAUUGGACCAAUUGAAUCUAUUCGUGUCUGUCGAAACGUGCUAACUAAGAAGUCUCUCGGUUAUGCUUAUGUCAACUUCCAAAAUUAUUUGGACGCUGAAAAAGCAUUGGAUACAUUGAAUUUCGAAGCAAUUCUUGGCCGACCAAUGCGUUUAAUGUGGUCACAAAGAGACCCGUCCCUUCGUAGGUCUGGUAAGGGUAACGUUUUUAUUAAAAAUCUUGACUCCAGUAUCGACAACAAAUCUCUACUUGAUACUUUUUCAGCAUUCGGUUGUAUUCUCUCUUGUAAAAUAAUUUCUGAUGAAUCUGGUUCAAAAGGUUAUGGAUUUGUUCAUUUUGAAGAAGAGAAGGCAGCAGAAGAGGCCAUUAACAAAGUCAAUGGCAUGUUACUCAACGGAAAGACAGUUUAUGUGGCAAAAUUUAUUCCAAAGAAAGAUCGUUUGAAAGAGAAAUACAAGUUUAGUAAUGUUUAUAUAAAAAAUUUCGGAACAGAUUUGGACGAUGACGGCCUGAAAAAUUUAUUCUCAAAAUUCGGCGAUAUAGUGAGCGUCAAAGUAAUGGCAGAUGAACAAGGUCAACCCAGAGGCUUUGGAUUUGUUAGUUUCGAAAAAGCCGACGAUGCAGAAAGAGCUGUCAAAGAAUUAGAUGGUUUUGAGUUAAAUGGAAGAAAAUUAUUUAUCGGUCGCGCUCAAAAGAUAGAAGAGCGCAAAAAAAUGCUAAAAGAGAAAUUUGAUAUCCCCAAAACAGAAGAAAAAUUUCGGUAUUCUGGAUUUAAUCUUUAUGUGAAAAACCUUGAUGAGGAUUUUGAUGAUGAACGAUUGUACCAAGAAUUUAGCAAAUAUGGCGAGAUUAGCAGUGCCCGUGUAAUGAUGCAAAAUGGUCGCUCAAAGGGUUUUGGGUUUGUUUGCUUUGACCAACAAGAAGCUGCAGAUAAAGCUAUAAAAGAAAUGAAUGGUCGCAUUGUUCUGCAGAAACCAUUGUUUGUUACCUUUGCUCAAAGCAAAGAUGAACGUAAGAAAAACAUAAAUAAUCUGAAGGAUUCUGUUGCUGAUACUCAUUCUAUUAUUCCACCAGUUACUGCCAGCUACUACUUGCCGACACUUCCCAGUCGCACCUCUUACCCAUCUCAAAUACAUAUCGGCAAUGUGUCACGUUGGCAAUCGCCAUUGAUACAUCAGAUUCCAAACCAAGUAAGUUACAACAGGCUACCAACAAAUCAUUUGAAACUGAGAAAUAGUCAGAAUACUCGCCCUUUUGCUGGUCAGCCAACUGGCUACAGACAAAAUAUCUCGCCGUCCUUCAGCGGGAGUGGUCCAAGUUUUAUGAACACGCGCCCAUUGUACGAUAACAGUACCCAUUCUCGUAAUAUGGAGGGACUAGCUAUGCCACACCACUUGCACAAUGCGUCUUUAUUGCACCAUACAAUCAAUCCAAUCCCUCAACAUUUCAAGGUCCCCACACAGUUAACCAAUCUAUUUCAAAUGCCGAGUGUACAACAAACAAAACCUGAGUUUACUGAAAAAUCUCUGGAUAGCCUUUCUGCCGUCUCUCCUCAGGAACAAAAGAAUUUCUUAGGAGAGCGUUUGUUUCCUGAAGUCAAGAAAAUAAACGAUAUAAUGGCCCAGAAAAUUACUGGUAUGCUUCUUGAACUAGACUCUUCUGAUAUUAUUCACUUAAUUGAGUCCCCCAAUGUGCUGCGAGAAAAAGUUCGUGAAGCUGAAAUGGUAUUGCAACAGAAUCCGCGUGAGAAAUCGUUCGAGUUGGACAACAAUUUAUUCUCAGCUACCAUGGGCUAUGCUUGAAAUUACUGGCGUUUGUUUAUUUUCGCUAGCUGUCUGCACUAACUUUGUCGUUGCUUUACAGUCAACAGAACUUCCAAGAAUUUAACCUUUUGAAAUGCAACUACACAAUGUCUUCACACUCGGUGGAAAGCUAAUUUAAAUUUUAAUGUUACUGAAUUUCAGAAAAUGAGUAAAAUGCUUUUUUUUUUUUUUUUUUUUUUUUUUAAAGCAUUGGCAUUAAUUACAUUUAAAAAAAACUCUUCGCUCGUUACAUGUCAAUUUUGAUGACUUAAUUUUUAGUCACUUCUAAAACUCAAAAAUAUUUUAUGUACCGUCUGUAUAAUUUUGCUGAAUAAAAUAAAAAUAUAUAUAUUGUAUAUAAAGGACAACUUUUUUAAGUAUUAGUUUGCUACAUGAAAGUUUUAGAUAGGGAAGAGCUAAAUUUGUUUUAACUAAACCUUGUAAUAUUUGAAAAAUGGCUUUCUUUCCAUUGUCUUGCAUGAAUUUUAAACUUUUUAAAUGAUUUGGGUUUUUUUCUAUAUAUAAACUUGUAAUUGAAUAA